UCCUUAGGUCUUCCAGAGCUGUGACGAGGAUUCCGGCUUUAGGGGUGCGGUCUCGGCUGCGUCGUCCAGGCUCGCAUUAGCUAUUUACGUAAAACCUAAGUGAGCGCUUCCGUUUCUUGGUUCUUUUCCAUGCCGUCUGUUUAUCUCGGGGACGCCUCCCUUCUCCUAGACUCAGGCAGCUGUGCUUAGGACCGUAUCUUCGGGCUGAUCAAGCCUGGGGGAGCAGGAUGUCUGCCUUGGGGGCUGCAGCUGCGUACUUGAACCAUCCGGCUGACAGUCAUAGUGGCCGGGUCAGUUUCCUGGGGGCCCAGCCCUCUCCGGAAGUAGCGGCAGUGGCUCAGCUCAUGAAAGACUUGGACAGGAGCACCUUCAGAAAGUUGCUGAAGCUUGUGGUCGGGGCCCUGCAUGGGAAAGACUGCAGAGAGGCAGUGCAGCACCUUGGUGCCAGUGCUAACCUCUCAGAGGAGCGUCUGGCCGUCCUGCUGGCGGGCAUACACACACUGCUCCAGCAGGCUCUCCGGCUGCCCCCCACCAGUCUGAAGCCAGAUGCCUUCCAGGACGAGCUCCAGGAACUUGGCAUCCCCCAAGAUCUGAUUGGAGACUUGGCCAGUUUGGCAUUUGGGAGCCAACGCCCUCUUCUUGACUCUGUGGCCCAACAGAAGGGAUCCGGGCUGCCUCACAUGUCUUACUUCCGGUGGCGGGUGGACGUGGCCAUUUCGACCAGUGCUCAGGCCCGCUCCCUACAGCCGAGUGUUCUCAUGCAGCUGAAGCUCACAGAUGGGUCCGCACACCGCUUCGAGGUACCCGUAGCCAAAUUCCAGGAGCUGCGGUACAGUGUAGCCUUGGUCCUUAAGGAGAUGGCGGAACUGGAGAAGAAGUGUGAGCGCAAACUGCAGGACUGAACCCUGUUAUUGUGGGUGCUGCAACUGGUACCAGAGCACAGCCCCGCUGGUCAUGAGGCCGACUCAAUUGAGGGCCUGCAUGUAAGAAUGUAUUUUGUUUCAGUGAAAAGACGGCAGUGUGACUCUCGGGUUUGGUUUUGUUUUAUGAGUAAGCAGCUGUGGGUAGUGGCACAGCUUAUAAUCUGAGCACUUGGAAGGCAGAGGCUGGAGAAUGGUAAGUGUAAGGCCAGUCUGGGUUACAUAGUGAGACUCAGUUUUGAAUUAAAGAGGUAAAGCAACUAUUAAAAACAUGUUCUUCUG